AUGGGAGUUAAAGGUUUAUGGAAACUUAUAUCGCCUGUAGGCCGAAAUGUUAAACUUGACAUCUGGUUAUAUCAAUUCUUAACUGCAAUGCGUGAUAAAGAAGGGAAUGGACUAAAAAAUGCACAUUUAUUGGGCUUUUUUAGAAGGAUAUGUAAACUUUUAUUUUAUAAUAUCAAACCAGUAUUUGUGUUUGAUGGUGGUGCUCCAGAAUUGAAGCGGUUGACUUUGAAUGAACGUCGUAAGAGACGAACCGGUAAUGCCAAUAAUUUACAAAAGACUGCGGAAAAACUUUUGUCAGCGCAGUUAAGACUUCAAGCCAUUCAGGAAUCAAAAGGAUCGUGUAAAAAAAUAAUAACUGACGAUCAUGAAAACAAAAUGAGCAACUUGAUUCCGGAAUUCUUUAGUCGAAGAAAGCGAGAUGAAUAUGAUUUACCUUCCAUAUCUGGAGGAAUUGAGUAA